AGUCUCUCUGGGAGUUGUGUUGGGGUUCAGGACUUGUAGGUGAGGAUCAGGGCUCAAAGACAGGAAACACAUAACCAAAUACAGGAUGACAACUCUAACACUGGUGCUGCUGGUACUGGCUUUUACAUCUGCCACUGCGAUAAAGCCUAGAAGUCAGUUCACACGUUAUCGCUCAUGGAACUCACGGAUGUAUCCGGUGUGGAAAGAUGGAGAUUCGAGAUUCAGGAACUGUUGGUCUGGUGGUAAUGUAACUUUUGAUCUGAAAAAUGAUGCACCCACCCUGACUGGAGCAAGAGCAACCUUCUCUAUUAAUUUGAAUUUCCCACCAAACCAGACAGUGCUCUCUGAUGGGCAGGUGGUCUGGGCACAAAACUGCACCAUCAACGGACAACAGUAUCAGGCGGGGCAGCCUGUGUAUCCUGACCAGGACAAUGAGCAGACCGGAGUUUUCCCUGAUGGCACAGCAUUUACCAGGACAAGCCAGGACAAGAAACCUCACUAUGUGUUUGUGUGGAAGACAUGGGGUCGUUACUGGCAGGUGGCAGAUGGUCCGUCCUCCUCCCUCUCUAUCGGUACAGACAAUGUCCCCCUGGGCUCCUACAACAUGGAGGUCGUCAUCUAUCACUGCCGUGGCAAAGACAAGUUCAUCCCCCUCGGCUACGCCUCCACAAUCUUCACCAUCACAGACCAGGUUCCGUUCACCAUAUCACUCGCCCAAGUCAAUGAUGUAAACCAGGACGACCAGAACUUCAUCCAGAACCGAGCUAUUGCUUUCAGCGUCAAGCUCCACGAUCCCAGCCAGUAUCUCAAUAAUGCCGACAUCAGCUUCAGCUGGGACUUUGGUGACACCACUGGCACUCUGAUCUCCAGAGACCUCACUGUCACACACACAUACCUUAACGUCGGGAACUUCAAACCUCAGGUGGUCCUCAUGGCAAGCAUCCCCAAUGGCUGCGGAAACCCCACUGCUGUUGUUCCGAUUGAUGCCUCUGAUGCUCCAGCAGUAGUUGUGAUGGCCUCCACCCCUGCAGUUGUCUCAGCAGCACCAGCCGAGGGAGGAGAUGCAAUUGCUCUGGAUGUUCCAGCUUCCGACGCCACACCUCUUGAUGCUUCUGUGCAGCCAGCAGAAGCAGCCACAAACACAGAAGAUGGAGAAGCAGCUGCUGUUGAUACAGACACAGAGGCAGUAGAGGUUGCCUCAGUAGCACCUGCAGGAGUGGAUGCAGCUGUUGUCCCAGUGGAACAAGAUCCCGCCAACACUGUUGCCCCGGCUGCAGAAGGAGAUGUUGCUGCAGACGACACCAAUGCAGCAGCAGCAGCAGCAGGUGAGGUGGCUGCCUCUGUUGCACCUGCAGCUGAAGAACCAGCAGAUGUUGAUACAGCUGCUGCAGAUGAAACCGCAGUGGUUAUAGAUGCAGCUGCAGAAAAUGUGGCUGUGGUUGACGCUGCUGCCUCAGUUGCCCCUGUUGCAGAGGGAGAAGAAGCUGCAGCUGAGGUCGUCACUGUUGCUCCUGUAGCAGAAGUAGCUGCAGAGGAGGAAGCUGACGUUGUGGCUGUUGAUACUGCUGCUGCUGAUGCUGAGGCUACUGUUGCUGCUGAUGCUGUUGCUGAGGCUACUGUUGCUGCUGCUGUUGUUGAUGCUGUUGCUGAGGCUGCUGCCGAGGUUACUGUUGCUGCUGAUGCUGUUGCUGAGGCUACUGCUGCUGCUGUUGUCGAUGCUGCUGCAGAGGUUGUCCAAGUUGUAACAGAAGCCCCUGCUGAUAACGUUGUAGUCCCUGCUGCUACUGAGACCACAGCUGUAGAAGAGGCGGCACUAGUUGAAGAUACAGAGGCUGAAGUACAGGCAACUGAGAAUGAAAUUGCAGCUACUGCAGCUCCUGCAGAACAACCAGCCGGUGAUGAAGCUGAAGUUCAAGCAGAGGUGGAAACAGAUCCAGCACAGGUUCCCAUCAUUGUGGCUAAAAGACAAGCACCAGAGCUGACAGCUGACUGCAUGGUCUACCGUUAUGGCUCCCUUGCCACCUCUGUAGAUGUUGUCCAGGGUAUUGAAAGUGUAGAGAUUGUACAGGUGUCCAACGUUGUAGCAACGGCAACUGAUUUGGAUCAGAAUGCUGUGGAUGUGACCAUUUCCUGUCAGGGAAGUCUGCCAAGUGAGGUGUGCACAGUCAUUUCGGAUGCGGACUGUAUCACACCGGUGCAAACAAUCUGUAACGCUGCCACACCUUCUCCAGACUGUCAAAUGAUCCUCCGCCAAUUUUUUAAUGACUCUGGAGUAUUUUGCAUCAACGUCUCCUUGACCAAUGAUGUCAGUCUUGCUGUGGCAAGUGCAAGAGUCAGUGUAUCAGUAGCCUCAAGUGGUUCCCCAGCUGGAACUGCAGCCACAGUCCUGGGUGUUAUGGUUCUUGCCUGUGUUGUCUGUUGUAUUGGUUUGAUGUACAGACGGUUCAAGCAGUACCAGCCUCUAAGAGAAGACAGUGCUGACAGUAAUGGAGGCAGCUCAGGGGUCACAUCGAUGCCUUUGUUGUUGUGGAACUUGUUGAGCCGACAGUCACCUGGAGAAAGUCGUCCAUUGCUUCAGGGGAGGAUUGUGUGAAUAUCAUCAUCGGCUGCAACAUCUGCUAAAAUAUCGGCUUUAUACACACACACAUUACUUUAACUGUAGCAAUAUUGUAACUCUCAGUCAAUGUAUUGAACCAGAGCCAUUAAGUGUACCAAGUUAAGUGAACCAGCUUGUACAACAAAAUGUGUAGAAUUAAAAGUGUGUAAUAAAGAAGUGAAAUAACAAUGUUGACAUAUUUGUAGAGGACAGUGAUAUUUAUUGUGACCUACUACCUACUAUUUUUUAUUAAUUGGCACUGAUAGUUUAUAGAAGCCAUAACUGAUUCUCUCAUUUGUGGCCUACUUAUAGUAAACCAAUUGGAAAAUCAACGCAUUUCAGUUCAAUUUCUUUACAAUGUAAUUAAAAUCACUUACAUCACAGAAUAUUAUUGUGUUUGCUACCCUGAAAUGAAUAAAAUGAAACU